CACCAGUCCGCUCUGCCCCCAUCCUCAAACCUCAGAGGUGCUGAGUGUGUGCAGCUGUAGCCGAGCGAUGAUACGCUGCAAGAUGGCGAUGGCGCGACUCGUAGCUUGUUUGGCUCUUUACACCAGCCUGGGCCACAUUCCAUCAUCACUGGGAGUAAUCCUCCGAACCACGGACAAGAUUGUGUGGGCAAAUGAGUUUGAGCCCAUCGAACUGACCUGUUUAAUAGAAUCCAUCUCAACAAACAACCCACGGAUUGAAUGGAAAAAGAUUAAAAACGGUGUCCCCAGUUAUGUGUACUUUCAGAACAAGAUAUCAGGGGACUUGGAGCGCAGAGCUCAGCUCAGAGAGCCAGCCAACAUUCUGAUCUUCAACACCACUCGAUCAGACACUGCAGAGUACCGCUGUGAGGUGGCCGCCAUCGAUGAUCAAAGGGACUUUGAUGAGAUACUUAUUAGUCUUGCAGUAAGAGUCAAACCUGUUGUGCCACGGUGCAGUGUGCCAGAGGCGGUCACGGUUGGAACAUCGACAGAGCUGCGAUGUCUGGAGAACGAGGGCUUCCCCGCUCCUCAGUACCGCUGGUUCCACAACAACGAAGAGCUUCCCCAGGAUCCCAAAAACAGCCCGAGAUUCGUCAACUCCUCCUACAGCAUCAAUCCAGACACCGGAGGCCUGAAAUUUCGACGGGUGAGGAAGGAGGAUGCGGGAGAGUACUACUGCCAAGCAAAGAAUGAUGCGGGACAUGCACAGUGUCCCCCGCAAAUAAUGGAAGUUUAUGACGUUGACAUCCUUGGGAUUUUCCUCAAGUCACUGGUUGCAGUGACUCUAUUCAUCUGUGUGACUGCCUGCCUUUGUCAUUCCCUUAAACGCGGAUGCUUCCACAAAAAAGGUCACAAUGAAAAUAACUACAACUGGCCCGCGCAGAAUGAUGGCGUUGAAUACGGUGAUGCAGAUGAGGGUCAUUUCCGCCACAAGUCUUCCUUUGUCAUUUGACAGCUGACACUGAGAAUGAGAAGGAACCAAGAGAAGACAAACACUGUUUGAGGUUAACUUGCAACAAUGAUGCUCCUGUCGGUGACGUUUGAGGCGUAACAGCACAUUAUUCUCUGAUGCACAUCAAAAUCAAAUCAACCAACUUGCCAAAGUAAUUUUAAUAUAAUUUUGUGGCACAGUGUAUUGAUUUUUAUAUUGCCACAGAAUUUUUUUUUAUUUUCUUCAUGUUGAUUUCCAUGAAAACAUUUGGUUUUGACACCUUGUUUAAUUAUGUUUUUUUUUUUUUAAAUCAUUUUCCAACAGAAUUCACAACACACACAAACCAUUUCAAAGCUGUGAAAUUUGAUAUUUGGCCCACAGUGUCAUCACAAAGGUUACUGUAAGCUACAUUCCUUCAUGGUUUUUUGAACAAAUCCUCUUUUAUAAACCCUAAACUUUUUACUGUGUACACUGAAGUUGUUUUACAAAACUCCUUUAUUUUCACUUUGUUCAUAAGACAGACAUGUUCUUAGUUCGUUUCACAUGCAGAAGAGUCAAAACGUGUUUUGUAUAUACUGUAGUUAUGCAGGCAAUAAGUAGCAGACUGCAAAAGGCUGAUCAGCUCAAACUCAUAAGGCACAAUUUAUCAGCCUUUUAUUAUAUUUACAGACGAUUACAAAUAUUUACAAGUAUAUGGAGACAGAUUAAAUCGUGAAUUUGAAUACCAUAUAUCCCACUAUGCUGCAAAGUCAAUGUGUACUAUAAAGGUGGUGAAGUAUGAUUUUUUAGAGUGCUGUUUCUGUGUAUAAGUGACCUUUUGUGCUUUACUAAUUAUUUUGUGAGUAUUGGACAUAUUGUCCAGUUUCGACUCAGUAUUAAAUGUACAUACAUACAUACAUUUUUUGAUAUUUUGAUUUUAAUGCAUUGCACUCCAUACCUUAUUGUAAAUACUGCAAUAAACUGUUCGUCGGAAAUAAAUUUACAGUAUUCACUGUUCAGUGUGUAUCUGCAGUGUUGAGUCUGUCAGUAACAACAGUAUGUCAUUUCAGACAUUAGUGUCAAUGAUUUGUGUACCAACUCAGGAACUGUUUUAAAAUGUCCACUGUUCAUUUGAUAUUAUUGCUAUAUGUUCAUGUUAUUUUGUUACUAUUAAAUACAUUUGAACUGUAA